AUGAUACAUUACAGAGUGAGCGUACCUCCAAAGACAGAGAAUAAUAUGAAUACAGCAGUUACCGAUGAGAAAAAUAAAGAAAUUACUGACAAAAGCUAUCCAGCAUCACUGUAUUCCGAAUCAUCUGCUGUUUCCAGUGCUCAAAAUACUCCAGAGUUGAUCCCAAGUUCGACUUCAUCAACUCCAAAAUUUCCUCCACGAAGAUCAAGCAGUGCGGAUAGCAUUCCUUUGUUGGAUCUUCUUAGUCCAUCAAAUGUGAGUGUCGAGCUAAAUAGGCAUAAAACAUAUAAGUGGAUGAAGAACUACGGAAGAAAGCUUAAUGACAAAAGGAAGAAGAAGUUCCAUAUUUCCAAAGAGGAUCGUAUUAAAUGGGUGAAAGUCCUCAAUGACAAAUUUGAAAGAGCAUAUGUUAGAAUUGAUAAGACCACCAAGGCAUCACAAACGGAGAAGAUAUCGUUUGCCGCAGUUACAUACAUAAUUUUCCUAUCAGGACUGGUUAUAGGAAAGCAUCCUGAACAGUUUCACAUUCUUUAUACAGUUUUGUUUGCAGUCCUCAUGCCUAUCAGAUUCAUUACAUACUAUAAGAUUGGUUAUGGAUUUUAUUUGGCCGAUCUCUGUUACUAUGUUAAUGUACUUCUUCUCAUAUACAUCUGGAUUUUGCCUAGUUCCAAAAUGCUUUUCAUUUCUUGUGCCAGCUUUUCAUGGGGAACUCUAUCAUUUGCAGUGAUUACUUGGAGAAAUAAGCUAGUUCCACAUUCAAUUGACAAAAGCACAUCUACUUUCAUCCAUGUCCUUCCUGGUGUCGUGAUGUACGUCAUAACACAUCAGCUACCGCAUGAAUUUAAGCAGAAGCGAUUCCCAGGAUCGGUCAAACUUGAGCACUGGGAGCUAAUGCAUGGAAUAUUGUACACAUCAUUUUUAUACUUCGUCUGGCAGCUGUCAUAUCAUUAUUUUAUAACGAUAAAAAGGGCUGACCAGAUUAAGAAUGGCCAGGUGACGUCUUUCGAAUAUCUUCGCAAGGCCUUUGCAAACAAGCCUAUUGGUAAGCUUGUUAAUUCUUUGCCAGAGCCAUUUCCAGUUGUUGCUUUUACACUUAUUCAGUAUGGCUAUCAGUUGGGUACAAUGAGUUUAUGCCCAAUCUUCUUCCAGCAUAAGUAUGCUGCCUCAGCUUUUGUGUCAUUUAUAUUCUUGACUUCAUGCUAUAAUGGUGCAACAUACUACGUUGAUUUCUAUGGAAAGAAGUUCCAGAAGGAAGUGCUUAGGUUGCAAGAUGAGUUGAAUAAAACCGAAUCCAGACUGGCAGAGGCUCAGAGAUCUACGGAUGACUUACUUGCUAAACAAAACUUUGAUGGUUCAAGUGUAUCAGCUAAUGCAACUCCUAAAUUGGGGACGACAGAUUCAUCAGUUAGCAUUAUUUCCAACUAA